UCCCGUCCAUGUCAUUGGCGGAAUUCCAAACGGCCUGCCACGCGGAUAAGCUGGUGUUUGUGUUCUUGGAGAAGAUUGCCUUUACUUCGCGCUGCAAGGGCUUUAGGUUUUCAAAGGGACUGCGAUGGAGGAUAGGCUUUAAAGGGAGGGGAAAGAAUGGCGGUGGCGUGCGAGAGCAAUCCUAGCUGCUUGGCCGCAGCAGGGAAUUCGUCGUCGCCAUUGCCAUCAAGGAGGCAAUCGCUGUUUGGCUGGAGGCGGUGGCAAUGUAAGCAGCGCAAAGAUUUGGGGUUGAGCCUGCGGCGGUCGAGAAUGGGCGGAUUGUGCCGUAGCGGCGGCGCGGAGGAUGGCGAUCAGCCGUAUGGAGUUCCAGAGACGGCGGUGCCAUCGCAAUGGGACGUGGUGGGAUUGGGACAAGCUAUGGUGGAUUGCUCUGCUAUGGUUGGCAAUGACGCUCUCGAGAGGCUGCAACUAGAGAAAGGAGUGAGAACCGUUAUCGACCACGAGCAACGAGGCAAGGUUCUACAGGCUCUCGACGGCCGGAGCUACAAAGUCUCGGCUGGAGGCUCUCUCUCGAACACACUCGUCGCAUUAGCGAGGCUCGGGAUGGGAAGGAUCAACGUAGCCAUGACUGGUAGCGUCGGCAAAGAUCCAUUAGGCGAUUUUUACAGAACAAAGCUCUUACGUGCCAACGUACACUUUCUAUCAUCCCCGAUGGUCAGGGGCACGACUGGAACAGUGAUCGUUCUCACAACACCGGAUGCCCAGCGAACUAUGCUUUCCUACCAGGGCAUGUCCUCGGUGAUUGAGUACGACCAAGUCCUCGCCAAAGCUCUCUCCGCCUCGAGGCUCCUGGUGGUGGAAGGCUACCUCUGGGAGAUCCCCCAAACAAUCCAGGCUCUCUCUCGAGCUUGCCAGGAGGCUCGCAAGGCCAACGUUCUCGUCGCCCUCACUGCCAGCGACGUCUCGUGCAUAUCUCGUCAUCGCGAUCAAUUCUGGGACGUGAUGGAAUCCAGUGCCGACGUCCUCUUUGCAAACAGCGGCGAGGCCCGAGCUCUGUGUGGAUUUGGAUCGAGCACGAGUCCGAGCUUUGCCGCGCAGCACCUCAGCCGCUACUGCAAGCUCGUGUCGGUGACCGACGGCGCGAGAGGAUCGUACAUCGCUCUGGCGGGCUCGGUCGUCUACGUCCCUCCAUCGCGACGCUGCAAGCCUGUGGACACUUGCGGUGCCGGGGACGCGUACGCUGCCGGGCUGCUCUAUGGGCUGCUGUGCAACGCCCCCAACUUGCGGGGGAUUGGGAGCUUGGCGGCCAAGGUGGCGGCAAUGGUGGUGAGCCAGCAGGGAGCACGGCUGAGGCACGAGGACGCGAACCAGCUCGCCAUGGAGUUUGCGCUCCAGCAACAGCAGCAGCAAGCAUCGCCGCCGGAGCUCAAGGUCAGGAAUGGUGAUCUUGAGUCCGGAACUGGCGCCAAUUUUUAGCAACUCAUUGAGUAAGUCUUUGAGAGCUGACCUCUCUUUUGAUCCAGCUCGCCAAGGAUGCUACUCAGCCCAGCUAGGUUUCAAUUGCGAUGAAACCAGCAGUUUAGCAAGUCCAGGCUGGUUGAAAGCUGCCAAGCAAGCAGCUGCUUCUUUCGGAAUAGAAGUGGCAGCCAGUGACGAAGAUCCAUGGAAAAUCGAGAUGGUUGCUUUGCAGAAGCAUGACUACAAUCGCGCAGCAUAGCUGUCUAAUCGAUUUGAGGCUUGGCGUUUUCCUACGAAAAUAAGCUUUAUGACUA